UUUAGUUAAGUUUUACAUUCAGCUAAACUAAGUUGUCUAUAAUUUAUAAGCUAUUUUUUAUAUAAUUUCUAUAGAAAUAUGUCUAAACUAAACAUUAUAUGUCUAACAACUAUACUAACAUUGUUUGUAAUAACAACAACAAUCAAUGCGGACGUCAAUGACAAUCAGGACGAGCUAGAGUUGGCCAAAAAAUUUAAACAAGUAAUCAAAUUGUUGGCUCAUGUACUAAACGAUGAUCAACAACWACCACAACAACAACCGGGAGCUGGAAGUGGUCGAGGAGUUGUCCAAAAAGAUAAAAAACUAAAAAAUGCUUUGAACGGUGCGUUUGGAGGAGGUUUUGCUGGCGUAGGAGUUGCCCAACAAUUGUCAAAAAAUCUAGGUGAUGGUGUUGGCGGCUUAUUCGGACCUGGAGUUGGAAAUGCGGUCACCGGAUUAGCUAACAUUGUUACCAUUCCGGUUGGUGGUGUUUUAGGCAGUGGUAUUGGUAUUGCAGGCGGUGUAGCUGAUACGUUUGGUAACGUGUUUGGUCUAGGUGGUGGUGGUGGCAAUGGAAACAAUGGUAACAACAAUUGGAAUGGUAAUGGUCAAAAUAACAAUGGAAACAAUUGGAAUGCUAAUGGCGGCAAUAACAAUGGUCAAAAUAACAAUGGUCAAAAUAACAAUGGUCAAAAUAACAAUGGCAACAACAAUUGGAAUGGUAAUGGCCAAAAUAACAAUGGAAACAAUUGGAAUAAUAAUGGCCAAAAUAACAAUGGUCAAAAUAAUAAUGGCAACAAUUGGAAUAAUGGCCCCAAUAACAACAAUGGCGGCAAUUCAAAUUUCAAUGGCUAAAUGCUAAAUUUUCCUAUAUAUCUAAAAUUUAAAGAGAUAACAUAAAUAAAUAUAAGUUAAUUUUGUAUAAUGAAUUUU